UGGAAUUGUGCGGUUGGAAUUCUACGGCUCUGUUCAGGACUGUUCUGAUGUAAGCUGCUGUUGGACAAGUGCUCUAUAAAAAACCCUGAGCGUGGUGGGGGUCAUAUCAUGUCCACUGAUGACCUGGAGUACCCACGUGAGUACCGGACGCUGGGGAAUGGCCGGCGCUUCUCUAAUGUGGGCCUCGUGCACACGUCCGAACACCGGCACACGGUCAUCGCAGCCCAGAGCCUGGAGACCCUCAGCAACCUGCACAAGGCUGACAUGGAGCGCAAACGGGACGCCUUCAUGGAGCACCUGAAGAACAAAUACACCCCACAGCACUCUCUGCCACCAUCACCGUCCCCCUCACACAGCAGCAUGAGGGGGGCGUCUGAGAGGAGCGCACGAGAACAGCAACAGCCAAACUACUGGAGUUUUAAGAGUCGCAGUCCCCGUCACUCCCAGUCUACUCAGUCUGGUUUAGCUGACCAGGCGUCCAAAUUGUCCUACGCUUCUGCCGAGUCUCUGGAGACCAUGUCCGAGGCCGACAUGCCGUUGGGCUUCAACCGCAUGAACCGCUUCCGUCAGAGCCUGCCGCUGUCCCGCUCCGCCAGCCAGAGCAAACUGCGCUCUCCAGGCGUUCUCUUCUUGCAGUUUGGUGACGAGACUCGGCGUGUGCACAUCACCCAUGAGCUGAGCAGUCUGGAGACCCUGCAUGCGCUCAUCGUCCGCAUGUUCCCCCAGAAGCUGACGGCCAGCAUGCUCAAGUCGCCCAACACGGCCAUCCUGAUCAAGGACGAGGCACGCAACGUCUUCUACGAGCUGGAGGACGUGCGGGACAUCCAGGACCGUAGCAUCAUCAAGAUUUACCGCAAGGAACCCGUCUACAGCUCCUACACCACUGCGGCACACCUGGCCAAUGGUGACCUGAGGAGAGAGAUGGUGUACACGUCUCGUGAGUCGUCACCUACUCGUCGUCUGAACACACUACCGUCCUCCACCUCGUCACCGUCCGGUUCCUCCCCCUCACGCUCUCGUCUAUCCUACGGUGGAGGUGGUCGACCUCCCUCGUUUGGUGGUCCAGGCCAUCCUCACCCAUCGGGCGGCUCCCAGCAUGGGCACCACCCGUCCCCCUCCCAUGGUCCAGGGGCUGGGGGCCUAACGGCAUCUCCCUCCGCCAUCCUGGAGCGCCGGGACGUUAAGCCAGACGAGGAAGUGUCCGGCAAGAACAUGGUGCUUCUUAAGAACGAGGGCCUUUAUGCUGACCCCUACAACCUGGUUCACGAGGGGCGGCUUAGCAUUGCCUCCACGCAGUCUCUGGCUACCAUCGCUGACCCUUUCAGCUUCCCUGUGUCUGGGGGUCUCUACCGACGGGGAUCAGUGAGGUCGCUCAGCACGUAUUCAGCUGCAGCAUUGCAGGGGGAUCUGGAGGACCAGCUCUACAAGCCUGGAGGGUCACUAUACUCAGAUGCCUAUGGCCCCGCCUCCUCCACUCUGACUAUGGGCUUCAGACUGCCCCCAUCGUCCCCACAGAAGGUCCCGGACGUGCCGCUGCGGGACAGGGACUCGUACUCUGGACCACCCAGCCGUGGCUCGCCCGUCAGGCAGAGCUUCCGCAAGGAUUCGGCCUCUUCGUCUGUCUUUGUGGAGAGCCCCAAGUCCAGGCCCGGCUCUAGCUCUGAGCCAUUGGGGGACGUGGGCAGAAGUGCGUCUGGAUUCGGGUCACCGCUGGCGGGGAAUGAGAUGGACACACGGGAUCGUAUGGAGGCCAUGGAGAAGCAGAUCGCCAGUCUUACUGGUCUGGUCCAGAGCGUACUCACCAGAGCACCGGACAGCGACAGCACAUGCGGCCUGCUGCGUCUCUGCAUGAUGGCUGGCUGCCCUCCGGACCAGGGGGCGGACUUCUCACGGCCCUUCCCUUUCUCUUCCAGCGAGAAGACGGAAUCCACCAGCGACGGCUCCGCCACAGGAACUCUGACCCCGUCAGCCCCGCUGGCCCUGAUGCCGCCCCCUGCCAUGACCCCGCAGGGCUCCAAUGUGUCCCGACUGCAGAUGCAGCUCCAUCUACAUGAGCUCAAACAGAACGCCACUGACCUGCGGAAGCAGCUCGACCAGCUGAGAAAGAUUCAGCUGCAGAAUCAGGAGUCAGUGCGCUCCCUGAUGAAGCGGACGGAGACGGAACUGAGCAUACGGGUGUCUGAUGCUCUGAGGAAGCAGGAGGAUCCACUGCAGAGACAGCGCCUCCUGGUGGAAGAGGAGAGACUCAAAUACCUCAACGAGGAGGAGCUCAUCAUACAGCAGCUACAUGAUCUGGAGAAGUCAGUGGAGGAGAUCCAGAAGGAGAGCUCAGUGAACCACAGGCACAUCACAGUGCAGGAGCUGGAGGAGAAGGCCACGGUGCUGCGGCGACUGGGAGAGACGCUAACCGAGCUAAAGAAUCAGUUUCCUGGGCUGCAGAGUAAGAUGCGUGUGGUGCUGAGGGUGGAGGUGGAGGCGGUGAAGUUUCUGAAGGAGGAGCCUCACAGGCUGGACGCGCUGCUCAAACGCUGCAAAACCAUCACUGACACACUUGCCACACUCAAGAGGCAGGUGAAUGAGGGAAUCUGGAAGAAUCAGGAUGAUUUCUCCAGCCCCUCCUCCAAACACAUGGGCGGAGAAGACUUCAGGAAAGGCUCUGACUUUGACAUUCCCACGAGCCCUCCGCUCAACUUCAAUGAGUCCAGCCUGGCCAACUGGAGCCCUCAUGUCCACACCCACACGCACGGCCACUCCCACGGCAACCCCUCGUCAGGGCAGCGUGAGCGGGACUCUCAUGGAGUUGGGUCACUAAAGGGGCGGGUUCUGGAGGAACUAGGGGGACGAGGAGGAUCCGAUAAGGCUUCAUCUGUGGAGGUCAGACUGGCUGCUGAGCGGGACUGGGAGGAGAAGCGGGCCAGUCUGACCCAGUACAGCGCUCAGGACAUUAACCGGCUGCUGGAGGAGACCCAGGCUGAGCUCAUGAAGGCCAUUCCGGACCUGGACUUCGCCGCCAAGCAGAUCAAACCAGUGCAGAACCAGAACCAAAACCAGAACCCGAAUCAGAAUCAAAACCAGAACCAGAGUGAAGCACCCUCUAUCGCCAACUCCACACCUGAGCACAAACCCAGCAAAGCCCAGCAUGCCCACAAGGUGUCCAGCAAGGAGGGGGGGUCCAGACGGGGGUCCGAUGAGCUUACAGUAGCAAGGUAUCGGACCGAGAAACCCUCCAAAUCCCCACCUCCCCCACCACCCCGAAGGAGCUUUCCUUCUUCCCCAGGCCUUACCACGCGCAGCGGAGAGGUGAUCAUACCCGGCAAGAGCUUGAAGAAAUCAGAAUCCGAUGAGACAGAGGUUCAGAAGCCCCAUGUAAAGUUGAGGAGGAGUGUGUCUGAAGCCCCCCGACCUGCUUCCACCCCACCCACAGUGGCAGGUGGAGAGAGAGAGGAUGGAGAGGAGGAGAAAGUGGCAGCAGAGCUGGAGCAGUUCACACAGUCUCAGGGAAGAUUACAUGACCGGAUCAGUGAAACAAAACUGGACACACAGGCUCAGCGUGGCCCAUCCUCCUCCACCUCAGUCCCUCAGAUAGUUUUGACAGAAUGCACUUCUCUUCCCACUUCCCCAACUGAGAGCUCAGAGCGAGGAAGCUUUUCUGACAUGGAAAAGCUUUCCAACGUGCCACAGAGGGACAGAAACACAGGAAGUGACAUCGCUCUCAGUUACUUUAGCCACAUCGUUAAGAUUCCUAGUCUGUCUCUAUGGAAACAGGACUUGGCAGCCAGUCAAAAAAAGCGUUCUGAGUUGCAGAAUUUGGACAGGGACCAGAAGGAGUUCCAGGGAAGGUUGAGGAGUUUUCCGGCUGUGUCUGGGACACCCUCAGCCUCGCCUGAGGAGAAGGCAGAGAAACAGCCAAGGAAGAUUGAGCUGAGGAUCCAAGAGUCUUUUGAGAAAGAGGACCAAACAGACAUGGGUGAGGGAGAUCUGAGACCAGGGAUGCUCCCACAGAGAAGAACGAUGCCAGAACCAAAUGAGCCCUCAAAAGCCCUCGGAAGUGUGACCCGCACCCAAGGAGUUGGCCAGGAGGCCGGUAAGGAGGACAUUAAACACAGCACCUACCGCCGUCUGGACAGUCUGGAGGAGACCAUCCGUGAGCUGGAGCUCAGCCUGAUGGAGUUCAGCACUCAUCCCAACAUGGGACACUAUCCAACCCUACCUCAGCCUCACGGCCCUUCUGCAGAGUGUCCCACUGCCUCUAGCCAGCUACAGAGGUCCAGCAGUGCCGCCUCUCCCUCUGAACCCAGAGUGAAGAGCCCAGGAGAGUCCCAGAGACCCCCUGUCCCACCCAAACCUUCCAUCAGCACAGAUUUAACCAAGUCUGGUAGUGGUAAAGCGAUAUCUCGUCUAAAGCAUCUUCAGCAGGGCGGAUCUGAGAAGAGUAAACUGGGCAAACAGAGAGACGACUUCAUCAAGAGUCAGGGACAGCAACAGCAGUGAGAAGAGAGACAACAUGACCUGAUCUGAACCAGGCUCGUUCGACCACCUCUCUCUUUCUCUUUUCUCCUCCUCUUCUUCUUCUUCUUCUUCUUCUUCUCAUCUGCCUCUUCAGAGUCUUCUCUCACUGAAGCCAACCCUACUAGGCCUUGUCUAUACCACCCCCCCACCCCCAACACUGGCCCCCUGUACACCCAACCACCAGGCCUACAUGUCCACAUUUGUGUGUGUGACUGAUUGUCUGUGAAAAAAAUAGAAGUAAACAACAAAUAAACAAAGAAGAAUAUGCCCAGUGCCCCACCAAACAUUAGCCAGGCCCUUGACAAUGAAAGAACAGUCCACUCUCCUCACUUCCUUCUUUCUUUCUCUUCGCUCUUCUCUCCAUUCCUUCACUCCCUGCUGAACGUAGGCUCUGGGGGAAUCUUCAGCGUCCGACCAUCUGCUCUCCAGCACCCGGGCCGCUAGCUUCUCGGGCCGGCUGCCAUCGGGCCUCCGUAAGUACCCCCAAGAGGGGGCACUGUCCUCCUCCAGCCAAGCCAAAGCCCUGUUGGCCAGCCUGUCGGCCACCACCAGCCUCUCCGCUGAGGCCCUGCUGCUGUCCUCCACCUUCAGGCACCACCGGCUACUCCGGGAGCAGCGCGCUAACUCUUCGGCUACGCUGCCCCUUCCGGUGUCCAACGGCCGCUCGCCUACAUCCCCUAC